CCAAUCCACAGCGGCGAGUGCAAGUGGGGUCGCGCAUGCAUAGUGCCGCGCGAGUGCAACCUGGGCUUCCCGCACGGGCCCACAGCGGCAGACGCUCCCGAAGGUCUCAAGGCGGCGGUGUGGUGAAGCGCAAGGCGGCGGUGUGGCGGCGCACCAUCGCAUGCGUUGCCACCAUCACCAUGGCGUCGUACCUCGUCGGCGGCUUGCUCGGCCGCCCCGGUGCCGCCAAGGCCAUGGCGCGCACGGACGCUGCACCCGCUGAUGCGGCGGCGGCGGGCAGUAGCGGGGGGGCGGGCAGCAGCGAGGGCGGGCAGUGGUACUUCAGCCGCGAGCACAUCGAGAAGCACUCGCCGUCGCGUGCUGAUGGCAUUGACUUGCGGCGUGAGACAUACCUGCGCCGCUCCUACUGCACCUUCCUGCAGGACCUCGGCAUGCGCCUCCGCGUGUACGCCCCACCCUCACGCCCUUCCCCCGCCCCUACGCCCUUCCCCCGCCCCUCACGCCCUUCCCCCGCACCUCAACCGUUGCACUUGCCUGUCCUGCUCGCAUUUGGGCAAAUGGUCUGCCAGCCGCAGAUCACAAUAGCGACAGCCAUAGUCUUCUGCCAUCGCUUCUUCAUGCGCCAGUCGCACGCCAAGAACGACCGCUAUGCGAUAGCGACGGUGUGCAUGUUCCUGGCGGGCAAGGUGGAGGAGACGCCGCGUGCGCUGAGGGAGGUGGUGCAGAAGAGCCUCGACGCGCAGGCCAGGAAGGACCCCGCCGCCGCUGCCAAGCUGCCCCACAAGGAGGAGCAGCAGAAGGAGCUGAUUCUGGUGGGCGAGGGGCUGGUGCUGGCGACGCUGGGGUUCGACCUGAACGUGGCCCAUGCGUACAAGCCCCUCGUGGCCGCCAUCAAGCGCUUCAAGGUCGCCCAGCAGGCGCUCGCCCAGGUCGCCUGGAACUUCAUCAACGACGGGCUGCGCACGUCGUUGUGUCUGCAGGUGCGAGCAGAGCAGUUUGCAGCGGGCGCCAUCAGCCUGGCGGCCAAGUUCCUGCGAGUGAAGCUGCCGGGCGACUCCCACUCGCCCUGGUGGGCCGACUUCAACGUCUCGCCCACACUGCUCCAUGACGUGAGUGUGCAGCUGUUGGAGCUGUACGAGCAGGUGCGCCUCGCCCCCAACCCCACCCACGCCGCCUCCCCUGCCAUCGCCAUCGCUCCCUCCGCUGCUGCUGCCGCCCGCGCCACCUCCCGUGGGGCCACCUCGUCCCUCUCCUCGCACCCCCCCCUCGCAUCCGCCACCACCAGCAACAGCGCGCCCUCGCAGGGGAGGCCGUCAGCUGGCGGCUUCAGAGACUCGCGGGGCGCCCCUGGUGGCGGCGGGGCUGUGGGCGCGCAGGGAGUGAGACGGCACAGUGACGGGGAGAGGGAGCGUGACGUGGAGAGAGGGGGCCAGCGGGAGAGUGAUCGCAGGAGGGAGCGGGAGGCGGUGAAGGGCAGGGAUGGGAGGGCGGGCGGUAGCGUGGGAGGUGAGGGUGGAGCGAGUGGGGAUGGCGGGCGGAGGGCAGGUGAGGCAGGCACAGUGGAGGAGAGGGGAGGUCGGCAGAGUGGGGGCGAGUCAGAGUACGGCGGACAGGGUGGGGAGUCACAGAGGCGAGGCAGGGAUGGAGCAGUGCAUGAAAGGGAAGGGGGAGAAGGGAGAAGGGGCAGCGAGGGAAGCAAAGAGGGGGUGGAGGAGGAGGAUGGGGAGAUAGGCGAGUGGUCAGGCGGGCAGGUGGAGGAGCAUGGCAGCCCGCCUCAAGGGGGGCUGGCCAAGGGGGGGCGGGGCAGUGCGGUGGAUGAGGGCGAAGGUGCAGAGGGGAGGAGGAAGAGGAGGUGGGGCGGGGAGGAGGAGAUGGAGUAUGAGGCGAUGCUGGCUGACGUGGACGUGGGGGCGCGAGGCACGGGGGGGGUGAGGGAGAGGGAGAGGGAGAGAGGCAGGAAUGAGACGCAGCAGCAGUGGGGUGGGGUGAAGGAUGGGAGUGGGGAGAGGCAGCAGCAGGUGAGGGCUCGCGUGGCGUCUGUGGAGGGAGGGGCGGGUCGUGACGGGGCAGGCGGUGCGGGCGAGAGGGAGGAGGGCGAGGAGGGCGAGGCGGGGGAGAUAGGGGAGGCGGGGGAGGUGGGUGUGGAGGAGCGGGGCCGGGGGGAUGCAGAGGAUGGUGGGCGUGCAGAAGGCAGGGGGCGGCGGGGUGGCAUGGAGGUGAACGGGCAUGGAGGGGCGGAGCGCAGUGCCAUGGACCUGAACCGUGGCGCGGAGGAGGCAGCAGCAGUGCGCAGCGGUGGCAGCAGGGGUGGGGCGAGCAGCCGAGGGCUGUCUGGUGGUGGUGCUGGCGGCAGCAGUGCUGCUGGUAGAGCUGAUGCUGGUAGAGCCGACCACAAGGCGUCACAUGAUGGCGAGGAGCACAGAGCGGUGCAGCGCGGUGCGUUGAGGCGAGUUAGAGAUGCGGACGAGGCUGGUGAUGGCGAUGGUGAUGGCGAUGGGGAGGGAGGGAGUGGGAGACACAGGAGUGGUGGCAAGUGGGGACGGCACAAGAAGGCUCGCAUGGACCCAUGA